UGUACACAUGUUGUUGUUGUGUAAAUCGUGUCAGAAAACGUGUGUGAAUUUACUGUCACAACAAUAAUAGGACGUUUUGUAUCCUACGAAAUAAUGAAAGUCAAUAACGUUUACACAUCUAUCGCUUGUAACCGAACCGUCGAGUCUGCAGACUGGGGUGACAAUAAUUUGAUAUUAUUCGCAGCUUGCAAUUCCGUUGCUGUAUUCGAUCCCGUCCACAAUGAAUCCGCUAAAAUCAUCAAAACAUUCGUUGGGCAUACGGCUCGUGUGAAUACUGUUAAAUGGAUCAAAAACAGAAAGCAAUUCAUCUCUGGUUCAGAUGACAAUGAUUGCAUAUACUGGGACAUAGAAAGCUCUGACGAACCUUCAGCUAAGUUCUUGAAAGGUCACACUGGCGCUGUUUCAGUUGUGGAUGGAAUUUACGUAAACGAGCAUCUUAUUGUUGCAACUGCUUCCACCGAUUCAACGAUCAAAUUUUGGCAUCAAGAUUCCUCUUCGAAUGAUUUCGUUUGUGUGCAAACCAUUUCGCUGGGCAGCGGUUUCUGUUUUGCCAUCAAAAUGUUUUACAUCAAAAACACAGAUUGUGUACUGCUUGCGUUGGCAACCGAUGAUCACAACGUUCAUUUGUAUGGUUCUGUCCAUACAGCGGAUAAAAGAGAAUUCGUGGAAAUUGAAACACUCGCUGGUCACGAGGAUUGGGUACGAGGUUUGGAUUUUGUCGGACUAGACGAUGGAGACAUUCUUCUUGCUAGCUCGGCACAGGACACGUUUAUACGAUUAUGGAGAAUUUCCCCGCGAUGUGACAUCACUGCCGUGAAAACCGUAAACGAAUUGAAGCCAGACGAAGAGAUUAAAAUCGAAGAGCGAAUCUUCACAAUCGAGUCGGAAAAAGGAACCAAACAUCACUUCGCCAUUGGAUUGGAAUCUGUUUUGUUGGGGCACGAUGGCUGGGUAUAUGGGGUGAAUUGGAGCCGUCAAGCCGAUGGAACACUUCAACUUCUCUCCAGUUCGAUUGAUAAAACGUUAAUUAUCUGGACGACAACAGAAGAUGGCGUCUGGAUGGAAAAAAUUCGCGUCGGUGAUGUUGGAGGCAAUUCUUUAGGAUUCUAUGGCGGAAAGUUUUCUCCAGAUGGACAAAGCAUUAUGGGUCACAGCUUUCAUGGGAGCUUUCAUAUUUGGCGUCAAAAUCAAGGAGAUACAUCGUCUUGGCUACCCGGAAUCGUUGUUGGUGGACACUUCAGUAUGGUGCAAGAUCUAGCAUGGGAACCGAGUGGUAAAUUUUUGGUAACUGUAUCAGCCGAUCAGACGAGUAGAAUACAUGUUCCGUGGGUUCGGUCAUCAUUUGAUGAACACGUAAGUGGUCUCAAUCUGAGUAGUUCAAUCAGUUAUAGUUUCUCCCCAUUGCAGACGUGGCACGAGCUGGCCAGACCACAAGUACACGGCUAUGACAUGAAAGCUUUAGCUAUGUUGGGAAGAUAUCGGUUCGCUAGUGGUGCUGAGGAAAAAAUUAUUCGAACUUUUUGUGCACCGGGAAAUUUUGUGGAAAACUUCCGUAGAAUUUGCAAUAUUUCCGCUGAAGAUGACUGUGAUGGCACUGUUAUAAUAAACACUUCAUCGAAAGGAGCAUCGGUUCCGUCACUAGGCCUGUCGAACAAGGCGGUUUUCAUUGAGAAUGAAGUCCCGAACGAACAGAGACACAUUAAAGACGAAUAUCCGGAAAAUUAUUUCUCUGCUGUCACGCUCAACGAACCACCCCCGGAGGAAACUUUGAUGCAAAACACACUCUGGCCAGAAAUACAAAAGCUCUAUGGACAUGGCUAUGAAAUCUUUGCAUUAGCUUCGAGCUACGACGGUAGAUUUCUUGCCUCGUCCUGUAAAUCCAAUAAUGCUGAACAUGCUCAAGUGAUCGUGUGGAACACAACUACCUGGAAACAACAUCAAAAGCUCCUGUCUCAUCAACUAACCGUGACUCAAAUGAAGUUUUCACCAAACAAUCGAUACCUACUGACGGUUUCACGAGACAGACGAUGGACAUUGUUUGAGAACAUAAACGACUCCUUCGAAAUGAUCGCAACAACGGACAAAAAGAAUGGAAUUCACGGACGCAUUAUAUGGACAUGUGACUGGACAUUCGAUUCGAAAUAUUUUGCUACCGGUUCAAGGGAUGGAAAAAUAGUUUGUUGGCGCAAAAGUGACGAACCCACAAACACUUCGUUGAAACAGUGGAGUCAUGCUGGUAUUUUAGAAAUGAAAAAUGAUUCUGUCACGGCCCUGGCAUUCACAAAAUGUUCGCAAAAUGUUGGGUCUGAGUACGUUGUUGCUGUUGGUUUAGAAGUUGGUAUAAUUCAUAUUUAUGGCUUCAGCGAUCUGGGAACGUGGACUCCGUUUGGAGUUAUUCAAAGACCGUUUGCUCAUCAUCUGUGUAUCAAUAAGAUGGAAUCUAAGCCCGAUGAGAGUAAAAAUAUAUUAGCUAGUUGUGGCAACGAUGGUUCGGUUCGUAUAUAUUCAAUUAACUAAUUGACUCGCAGAAUUCAUCUGUUAUCGGCAACGACGACAAAAAUAAUGACAGGCUCUGGGUAAUUUGGUCCUUUAUACAGUAAAAUUCAUGUUACAAAAUUGAAGUACGAGAUUUGAACUCAACAGAUUAAAAAUACUUUGAUCGAUGGAAGUAUUAGAGCCGAUAAUAAUAGUGGUCCUGAUACGUACCGUCUGUAACAGGUUUAUUUAUUUAUUUGAUCAUCUUACAGGUCACGUGCCCAAUUACAAGCGAUCGUUUACAUUAUUACAAAAAAAAGACAAAUUAGAAAAAAAUUAGAAAAAAAAUUAGAAAUAAAAUUAGAAAUAAAAUUAGAGAAAAA